AUGACAAAUGAGAAGCAAAAGGCGUGGGAUAAAGCCGUGGAAGCCCGUGGUCUUAUCCUGCCUACUGCAGAUAAAGAUGUUCGCUUAGCGUUGCGGCUCAAGGGAGAGCCCCAAACAGUAUUUGGCGAAGGUCCGUUUGAGCGGAGAGAACGACUAAGGUUUGUAGUGCAGAAGAAAGGGCCGCUGCCAAUCAGCGCCUCGCUGUCCAUUGAAAGCAACGCGGUGGUCAAGGCCGAUGAGACAUUUUACACGGAAGGGACGACUGCUCUGAAGGAGGUGCGGACUGCGAUUGCCCAGUGGUCUAUGUACCACGCAUUCGUGGCCAAGCGUGCAGCGCUGGCGAACGAAGACCCGGAGCAGGUCAGAGCGGACGAGGGCGUGAAGAAGGAAGACGGGGUUGGAGGCGAAAGUGGAAGAAAUCGGGGAGGGGGCGGCUUCGCUGCCGAAGGCAGAAUAGUCAACGAAAGCGACUGGAUGGGCUAUGACUGGACGGGCUAUGACUGUAUGAGCUCCGUGGUUGCAGACAUGAGACCUCUGCUUGGCGGUGCCUGGGAUCCGUCUGGUUGUUACUUGGCAGCUGGCGGGCUCUCUACGGAGAUUACAUUGUGGAACAGUUCGCUAACGGAGCAUUUCAAGCUGGUUGAGAGCCACAAGUCGCGGGUCCAUCACAUGCACUGGAACCCCCGAAAGCGCGAGAUGCUGGCGACUUGCGACGGAGAAGGUGUCAUUGCAAUAUGGAGAAGUGAGACUGCGGACGACGGCGUUCAACUCCCGAAUGCCGAAUCCCAGGACGCCCCCGGGCGGGUAGCGGACUCGGAGAUGGCGGAGUUUGGUCGUAGUUUGCGUGUGGCGGCUCGGCUGGUAGGUCACGAGUUGCGCGUUAAUCGUCUGGAUUUCCACCCGUCAGGUUGUUGGUUGGCGUCUACCUCGCAUGACGAGACCUGGCGGUAUUGGGACCUGGAGAAGGAGUUGGUGCUCCAAGAGGGGCAUGCCCGCGGGGUCUACGGCCUUCGUCACCAUCCCCACGGCGGUUUAUUGGCUACGUCGGAUUUGGGUGGCAUCGUUCGCGUCUGGGACCUGAGGACGGGCAAGUCCGUCAUGGAGCUGCAGAAGCAUGUCGACCAGGUCUUGGCACUGGACUGGCACCCGUUGCAGUCUCACAUACUCGCGAGCGCUGGCGGAGACAAAGCCAUCAGGGUCUGGGACGUUCGUAAACUCGACUGCACCCACGUCUUAGGUGGCCACAAAAACCUUGUCUCAAGUCUCCAGUUCGCCGCCGACGGCGCCGUCUUCCUCACCGGCAGCCACGACUGCACCGCUCGCAUCUGGCACGGCUCCUCGUACCAGUGCCUCAAGGUACUCGUUGGUCACGAAGGCUUCGUCAACGGAGCCAGCAUCAACCCGCAGCGACAGAUCUGCACCACCUCCUUCGACCGGACUGUGAAGCUUUGGUUUUGCCCACGAGCUCUUUGA